AAAGGACACCGUCGCUGUCAUUACUGAGAGUCUCCUACUCGGCUUCAGAGGGAAGACGUCUUCCAACGCUUGAAGCCUCCAAGCCAUCAAUAACCCCAGAUGGCCUCCCGAGGAGAUGAGAAUGCAGAACUGGAGGCAGCCUCAGCAGGUGGUACCCCAGCAAGCCAGGUGGAGCCAGAGGUGGUGAAUAACUCUGUCUACCAGCCCAUUAAUGGAUCACAAAAUCACCAGAAGGAGAAGUUACAGGCCCUUGGGGCCGUCCAGAUCAUGAAUGGAGCAACAAUUCUGGCUCUGGGUGUUUUUCUAGGUGCCUUACAAAGCAUAUUUCGCCCCUUCCGCCCGUUUUUCUUGGUCUUCUACACAGGCUACCCACUAUGGGGUGCUGUUUUUUUUAUUGUUUCAGGAUCCUUGUCUGUUGCAGCUGGGAGAAAGCCCACAAAAAAGUUGGUGGAACACAAUUUUGGAAUGAAUAUUGCCAGCACUACCGUUGCUCUAGUUGGGUUUGUUUUGGUCUCGAUCAAUUUAGCAGUUAAUAAGUAUUCUCUCAAGGGAUGUCCGUCUUCACAGUCACUGGACUUAUGCAUUUGCAUGGACGUCUUAUCAAACGGCAUCAUGUCUCUAAUGCUCAUCCUUACGUUGCUGGAAUUAUGCAUCAGCAUCUCUGUUUCAGCCAUGUGGUGUGCAGAAAACGCAUGUAAUUCCAGAAAGGCGAUUUCCUCACCUGGUAAUUCUGUGUAA